GGAAAUGGUAAAAUGUUAUGUAUCGGAUGUAUUGAAAUGAAACGGAAGGAUAAAAAACGGUCUGGGCUCUUUUGGGGGUUCACGUGGAUGAGUGCACUUUUUCGUUUUAUCCACAGCAACUCUUCCCUGUCUCAAGCUGAACCCUGAGGGACGGGCGAUCAGGAGGAAUCCUCAAUGGAACACUUCACGGAACGAGAGAUCAUCUUGAACAAUAUGCGACUACGUACGCGCCUAUCAUUGGGAGUUCCGGAUGUGGUAAUGAUUAGAGCCCUUCAACCACGCUGGUGGAUUUCCAUUAGAUCUGACAGCGGGGAAACUAGGCUUUUUUUUGUCGGUCCCAUGAUCGCUUUUUAUGUUGGGGAUGUUUCUAGCGCCGUUCCCCCCUUUUUGUCGCACUACGUCUUCGUUCUAGAAAUUAUUCUCGCUACGAAUCAGUUCUUUGUUUUGGUACAGCUUCCUUUUUCGGAUCGCAUAAGGUUGUCGAAAAUAUUUUGAGGAUACUAAAUCCUCAAUUGACCCAGUCCUGAGUCAUUCUUUUUGCCCAAAUUGUCAAUCUGAUAGCGAAAGGGACUCGUAAUUGACACUGAUACAGUAAGCAUAUCAUAGGCAUGCAGAGAAUAGGAAUAAUUCCACUAGCAUGUGCCUGCUACAUCCUAUGUAGAUCUUCAGGCAUCCCACAAUGCAUACGUACUGGGUUGCUGGACGCAUGCCGAUAUACGUGGAGUGGAAUCUGUUGGGAUGCUCCUCGCGCUCAUCGACAGCGGGAGUAAGGGAUGAGAGGUAGAUAACAUAUGUAUGUAUACAUCACGAGAGCUGAAAGAUUUUUAUUUUAAUUCAUCUGUUUUAUUUUGUCAAGUGCAUCAGGAUAAAAUCUGUCCAAUUAUGUAAGGAUGGGCUGAUAGAUCGAGGUAUAGCAAUCAUCCCAAUUA